AUGACCCAUGGGCGCAGCUUCUUUCACAUUGUAGCAAGUCUAAUCAUCCUACAUUUGUCUGGGGCAACCAAAAAAGGAACAGAAAAGCAGACUACUGCCGAAGGACAGAAACCAGUGCAGUGUGGAACUUGGACAAAAUAUGCAGAAGGAGGCAUCUUCACUUCUCCCAAUUAUCCCAACAAGUAUCCUCCUGACAGAGAGUGUGUCUACAUUAUUGAAGCCGCCCCUAGACAAUGCAUUGAACUACACUUUGAUGAAAAAUAUUCCAUAGAACCUUCAUGGGAGUGUAAAUUUGACCAUAUUGAAGUACGAGAUGGACCUUUUGGCUUUUCCCCAAUCAUUGGACGUUUCUGUGGACAGCAAAAUCCACCUAUGAUAAAAUCCAGUGGCAGAUUUCUGUGGAUUAAAUUUUUUGCUGAUGGUGAGCUGGAAUCUAUGGGGUUUUCUGCUCGAUAUAAUUUUACACCUGAUCCCGAUUUUAAGGACCUUGGAGUUUUGAAACCAUUGCCAGUUUGUGAGUUUGAGAUGGGAGGACCUGAAGGAAUUGUGGAAUCUGUACAAAUUGUCAAAGAAGGAAAAGCUUCUGAAACUGAAGCAGUAGACUGUAAAUGGUACAUCAGAGCACCACCCAGAUCCAAGAUAUACUUGCGAUUUUUGGACUAUGAGAUGCAGAAUUCCAAUGAGUGCAAAAGGAAUUUUGUCGCUGUUUAUGAUGGAAGCAGCUCCGUGGAGGAUUUAAAAGCAAAGUUUUGCAGCACUGUUGCUAACGAUGUAAUGCUGCGGACGGGUCUCGGUGUGAUCCGCAUGUGGGCAGAUGAAGGCAGUCGAAGCAGCCGAUUCCAGAUGCUCUUCACAUCUUUCCAAGAACCCCCUUGUGAAGCCAACACAUUCUUUUGCCACAGUAAUAUGUGUAUUAAUAAUACAUUGGUCUGCAAUGGACUCCAGAAUUGUGUGUAUCCUUGGGAUGAAAACCACUGCAAAGAAAAAAGAAAAGCUAACCUAUUGGACCAACUUACCAAUACCAGUGGGACCAUAAUUGGGGUGACAUCUUGCAUUGUUAUCAUCCUCAUUGUUAUCUCUGUGAUAGUACAGAUCAAGCAGCCUCGUAAAAAAUUUGUCCAAAGGAAAACAGACUUUGAUCAAACGGUGUUCCAGGAGGUGUUUGAGCCUCCUCAUUAUGAGUUAUGCACCCUCAGAGGGACAGGGCCUACAGCUGACCUUGCUGAUGUUGCAGAUGACUUUGAAAAUUAUCAUAAACUGCGGAGAUCAUCUUCAAAAUGCAUUCAUGACCAUCACUGUGGAUCACAAGUGUCUAGCACUAAGGGCAGCCGUAGUAACCUCAGCACAAGAGAUGCUUCUGUCUUGACAGAAAUACAACCCCAACCUGUAAAACCACUCAUUCAGCCCAUGAACAGGAGAAAUAUCCUUGUCAUGAAGCAUAGCUACUCACAAGAUGCUGCAGAUGCGUGUGAGAUAGACGAAAUUGAAGAGGUACCAACCACAAGCCACAGGCUGUCCAGACAUGAUAAAGCUGUUCAGCGGUUCUGCCUCAUUGGGUCUCUAAGCAAACAUGAGUCUGAGUACAACACAACUAGGGUCUAG